UCUAUGAAAAUAAAUGAAGGUGUAGUUACAAAAGAAUGAAUGCCUCCUUCGAAUGUACUUAUUUCUGGAAUGUAUCCAGCGAAGAUGCACUUUCACCUUUCAAAACAGGCAGUACUGAGAAUAUUUUAUUUGCUACCUUUUACAUAGUGGAUUUUAUUCUUGCAUUCCUUGGUAAUGCAACUGCCCUCUGGAUCUUCCUUUACCACAGGCAAGCAGGAUCUCCAGCAAACAUAUUUCUGAUGCAUUUGGCCAUUGCUGAUAUUGUUUACGUGAUGGUAUUACCAAUGAAGAUUGUUUACCACCUACAGAACAGUCAUUGGCCAUUUGGGGAAGCACUUUGCUGCAUUACAGGAUUUUUAUCAUUUCUUAACAUGUAUGCUAGCCUUUACGUUAUGGCUUGCAUCAGUGUAGAUCGCCUUCUUGCAGCAGUUUUUCCUCUUAAGUCGAUUAAAAUCAGAAAGCCCUUGGUUGCUCAUAUAACAUGCAUUGCAUUGUGGUUGUUACUCAUUAUGAUGAUGGCACCAAUGCUUGGCUCUACUCAAACUGCAAAAAUUCAUAAUACAAUUGUGUGCUUUCAACUUUAUCGUGAGAAGUUUUCCAAAAAAGCCAUUUUCUCUAUUAUUGUUGGCUUUGCAAUUCCUUUUUUCACAACAGUAUGUUCUUACUUACUGAUUAUCUAUAGUCUUCUAUUCAACACUCAUCAAAUGGAAAGCAGUCUAAAGAACAAAGUGGUGAAAAUGAUUAUCUUAGUGCUUUUAAUUUACUUCAUUUGUUUUGUUCCAUAUCACAUUAGUCGUCUUAACUACGUCAUUUCAUGCACAAGCCACCAUCAGCUUUCUUGGAAGGAACUGAAAGCCCUCAGUUUCAGUAAUCGCAUCACUUCCUGCCUAACCAGUCUCAAUCCACUUUUGGAUCCCAUCAUGUAUUUUUUCUUGGCUGAGAAGUUCAAAGACACACUGCAGAAGCUAUGCAGAAGGCAGUUCAAUAAGCUUUCCAUCAGCACUUCUUAGAGAAUGCAUCAAAAACAUAAUUAGACAUACCUCCCAACUCUUCCAUAUUUUGAGGGACAACCCUGAUUUUCACUCAAAUUUUUGUUCUGUCCCUCUUAAUCCCUCCUAAAAUUGGAGACUUUUGGAGAAAAGGUGGUGAGUUACAUUUAAUGACGUAAUUAGUAACACACUUUUUUUUUACUUCAGAACAUGCAUAUUAAUUCUCAUUUGCGUAUUCUGCCAAUGUCUCAAGUUAAUAGUAUUAAUAUGUUAAAAGUA